GACGGCUCUGGACACGGUCCCCAGUGAGGAACCUGAGCCCAGGUGAGUGGGAGAAGAAACACAAAAGCCAGAGCUGAAGGUGCCAGCUCUCACACUCAUCACAACUGUCUGUCACGAAAACACAGAGGAGGGGCCCAGGAAUGUGAUCAGCGAUAAAGCUCCAGGUUCUUCAAUCUAUAAAAGACCCUGAGAAGCUGAACAUCCUUCACACAGGUUUUAGCUGUAGACACAGGUCGUGUUGAUAAGAUGAAGGCCAUGCAGGUGAUUUUCGUGACUCUGCUGUCUGUUCUGGCAGCCAGCGCUCAGAUCUUUAAGUUCGGGAAAUGUCCCAAACCUGCCGUUCAGGCCAACUUCGAUGCAACCAGGUACAUUGGUCGGUGGUAUGAGAUCAUGAAGCUCCCAACAGCCUUCCAGAAAGGCGAGUGUGGCACCGCCACCUACAGCCUGAAGAGUCCUGGAGUCAUCGGAGUCCUGAACAGGGAGCUGCUGGACGAUGGAACCACUAAUUCUAUCGUUGGCUCUGCCAAGGCUAAGAACCCCGCUGAGCCUGCCAAGCUGGAGGUCUCCUUCUUUGAAUCAUCCCCCCCCGGUCCCUACUGGGUGCUCUCCACUGAUUACCUCGGUCACUCUCUGGUCUACGGCUGCACCGACUUCGGCCUGUUCCGCAUGGAGUUCUCCUGGAUCUUGAGCAGGGAGCCCACCCUCUCUGAGGAGACCAUCGAGGAGCUGCACAGCAUCCUGUCCUCCAACGGAGUCAAUGUGGACAAGAUGGCCUCCACCAACCAGGACACAGAGUAUUGCAGCGCCAUGAUCCAGUAAACAGAAAUACUCCUGUUUCAGAUGCAGGACGACAUGGAGUCAUGACAUGGCUCACUGAGAGGAGUGUGCAGUAGAUAUCGCUCUGUUGAAGUUGUGCAAAGUCAAUGCAAUAAACCUGAAGAAAGAAAUUCA